GCUCCCUCCUUCCCUCCGCCCGCGGCUCUCACCCUCCCCCGGCUCUCCUCCAGCCCUCCCCCGGCCCCUGCCCGCCGUCCCUCCCGCACCGGCUGCAGGGGAGGGCGACCAUGGCUGCUGCCGGCCUCCGGCUGAGGUGAUGCCCGCGAUGGAGCCGCCGAGCCUGCUGCCGUUCCUGCGGAAGCUCAAGGAGGUUUUCGACGUGUGCGACGAGGAUGCGGACGGCUUCAUCCGGGUGGAGCACUUCGUGGCCCUGGGGCUGCAGUUCGGCCAAGGGGAGGAGGUGGAAAAACUGGCAAAGUACUUGGACCCAAAUGACUUGGGAAGAAUCAAUUUUAAGGACUUCUGUCAUGGAGUUUUUGCUAUCAAAGGCUGCGAAGAGUUACUGAAAGAUGUCCUGUCUCCUGAAAACUCUGGGCCUCGCCACUAUGAGCCACAGUAUGUUGACUACUAUUACCAGGGUGGUGAAAUCCAGGACUGUGCCUACCUGGACAGCGAAGGUGCCUACAGCGAGUCGGAGCUCUUUCCUGAUGACGACACGAUGACACUAGCACAGCAAGAGGUUCACCAUGAGUCUGACAUGGACAGUGCCAUCGAGAGUGCCCAGAGCUCGGAGGCCUCCGACGUGUGUCGGAUCGAGGAGAAGGACGGUGUUCUUGGUGGCCUAUUCCUGCCUGGUGACAAGUCAAGUCCUCACAACCCUUCUGCAGCAUCUGACCUCUCCACUUACUCCACCGCCUCUCUGAUAAGUAAUGAAGAACAGUUUGAAGACUAUGGGGAAGGAGAUGAUGUGGAUUUUACUCCCAGUAGCCCAUGCCCUGAUGAUGAGACCAGAACCAACGCCUACUCUGACCUUGGCUCAUCUGUAUCUUCCAGUGCUGGCCAAACACCCCGAAAAAUGAGGCAUGUUUAUAACAGCGAGUUACUGGAUGUUUACUGCUCACAGUGCUGCAAAAAGAUAAAUCUGCUCAACGAUUUGGAAGCCAGGCUGAAAAACUUGAAAGCAAACAGCCCUAACAGGAAAAUAUCAAGCACAGCUUUUGGAAGACAGCUCUUCCACAAUAGCAACUUCAGCAGCAGUAAUGGCAGCACAGAAGACCUGUUCAGAGACAGUAUAGACUCCUGUGAUAAUGAUAUAACUGAAAAGGUAACAUACCUAGAAAAAAAAGUUACAGAAUUGGAGAACGAUAGCCUAACAAACGGUGACCUGAAGAGCAAACUGAAACAAGAGAACACGCAGCUAGUUCACAGAGUUCAUGAGCUGGAAGAAUUAUUGAAAGACCAAGAGACAUCAGCAGAACAGACCCUGGAAGAAGAGAUAAAGAGACAUCGAGAAGCAUAUAGCAAGUAUGAAAAAGAGAAAGGCACAGAAAUUGAACUGCUAAACACAAGGGUUCAGCAACUGGAAGAUGAAAAUGGUGAGCUGAAAAGCACUGUCACACGACUGAAAUCGCAAACAGAGAGAUUAGAUGAGGAGAGGCAACGCAUGUCAGACAGGUUGGAGGACACUAGUCUGCGACUGAAGGAUGAGAUGGAUUUGUACAAGAGAAUGAUGGAUAAGCUGCGGCAGAACAGACUGGAAUUUAACAAGGAGAGGGAAGCCACGCAGGAGCUCAUUGAGGACUUGCGGAAGGAACUGGAGCACUUGCAGCUCUACAAGCUGGAAUGUGAGCGUCCUGGACGGGGGAGAAGUUCUUCAUCCAGUGUGAGUGAAUUCAAUGCCAAAACCAGAGAGGUGGAAAUGGAGCAUGAAAUAAAACGGCUGAAGCAGGAGAAUCAGAAACUUCGUGACCAAAAUGAUGAUCUUAAUGGACAGAUCCUUAGUCUGAGUCUUUAUGAAGCUAAAAAUCUCUUUGCAACACAAACAAAAGCCCAGUCAUUGGCUGCUGAAAUUGAUUCUGCAUCAAGAGAUGAGCUCAUGGAAGCCCUUAAAGAACAGGAAGAGAUAAAUUACAGAUUGCGACAGUAUAUGGACAAGAUCAUUUUGGCAAUCCUAGAUCACAACCCAUCUAUCUUGGAAAUAAAGAAUUGAAGAGAACACAAAAAGGAAAAGCAGCAACUGCCUGAUAUCUCUGCACAUGCCACUGGAUCUAAACAACACUGAUACUGUAAAUCUAUAAAUAUAUAUAUACACUACGUGUGAGUGUGGGUGCGCGGGUGUGUUUAUAUGAUGUUUGGUACACUGUUAUUUGUCGUUGAAUUGGCUUGGUUAGACUUUUUCCAUGCACUUUCAAUACCUGUGACAAGAUAGAUACUGUAUAUUAAUGUAAUAACAAUAUAACUGGAUCAUGCUGUUGUAGAUACUGGACAAAAUGAUUCUACCUCUAGUUGUAAAGGUAAAAAAGACAAUGGAAACAUAUGGAUGUGACCCUAACUUUAGGAGCAAGAAUUGUUCUUUCGUUCUUCCAGGAAUUUGGGUACCACAAACCGAUCAACAUACCCAGGUUCAGUUCCUGACUGGUGCUGACUGUGUAAUUUCCUAUUCAAUUUAGCUUUAUUACUUAAACCACACAUGGGAAAAGAAAAUUUGGGGAAAAGGAGAGACAAAGUAUGAGGAAAAAAGUGGAAGACAUUGCUGAAUUGUUGCUAUCUGUGUAAAAUCACCAUCCACUUGUUUGCCAUUGUCAGCACGAAGUGCUUUUUAUAGGAGAUCGCUCUGGAGCCUGCUUUGGGAUGCUCUGAGCCAGCCCACUCUUUAGUGUAUGUGCACGCAUGUGUAUGUUUUAUGCCAGGGUCCCUGUAGCAUUGAGGCUAAGAAGCUCUUCAAAUCUAUUCCCCUAUUUUCAGGGGUUUAUCAUGGGCCAUUGAUAUGAACUCUGGGAUCCUACACCUUAAUUUUGAAGAUUUCACUGAAGAAAUAUGCCAAUUCUUAAAAAAAAAAAAAAAAAAAAAAAGAGAGAAAAAGGAAAAAUUGCAUGAAAUAGCCCACUUCUUGAGGAGGAGGAGCUGCCCUUGAAAUCAGGUGAUAAGUUGCUUUCCCACUGCCAGACACUGCGCUCUGUGGAGUGAGUGAGUGACCUUUUGUGGGCAAGCUGUAGGGAGGACCAUCUCUGUCCUAACACAGCGCUGCAGAGAAGUCUGCUGUGGAGUGACUUUUACCUAUAGGGCAGUAAAAAGCAAAAGAGCUUGGUCUUGCAGAAGUUACCAAUCCAGACUGAGUACACACGUGCAUAUCUGAAGCUCUGAAUAGGGAAUACAUCCUGAUUUACUGAGCAGUUGUGCAGGUGCUUAACUUUAAAUGCGUACUGUGACUGCUCGUAGAAUUCAGUGGGACAGAACAAAAGCUUUAAAGUUGAGUGUGUGCUAAAAUGCUGCCUUAAAGAGGGAUGGACUUCAACACGUGCCUGUGUUUUUCUUAGCUGGAUCUAUGUACUGUAGGGCUAGGACCUUUUUAACCAAUAAUUACUGCAACUUAUAUAAAAGAAGCUGAUGGAAUUGGCUGAUAGUUAAAAUGCUUAAAAAAAAUAAAUUAUUCCAUGCACAUUUUUAAGUAAAAAUUUCACACUUCAAAUUCCUUUAGAUUGAUGCCAACUGACACAGAAAAAUAGGCCCAAGUAUCUGGCUUUUCCCAAUGCAUAGAGAUGUUUCCUGUAUUGAAUACACUCCCCAGAAGAAUGUUACAGUAGCAAUGACUGUGCUUUUCUGUGUAUUUCUUGCUGUUGGCACUGUCUUGCCCCUAGUAUUCUCUUGAUGUAUCUUGGUGUGUAUAUGUGAUGCUUUUUUCGGGAUUUGAAUACAUACAAUAUGUAUUCAGUUAUGGAUGUAAAUAUAUAUACAUAUAUUUUUCUGCAGUCUCUGUGCUCUUGCCUUCAGUGAUGUGUUACUGGAGUGAUGAAAAGGGAGGGGGGGAAAAUAUUGAGUUCAGGCUUUGUCGAAGGCAAGAAAAUAAAAUAAAUUUGUUUCUAUGUAUCUGCAUUAGGCAGGUGUAAAGUAACUGGAAAGCCAGAAGGGACCAGAGGGAUAAUCAUGGGACGCAACAUCCCAGCAUGCGCAGGUGUCAAUAGGACUUCAUUGCACUGGGAGAAAUGUUAGUCUUGUUCAAACAGUAAUGUCUUAGGGCUGGAUUCCUGAGGCUGUAGGGUAAUCUGGAGGAAGGAAUUUAAGGACUAGUCCUUUACCAGCUGGGGAUGGUAUGAAAUGUUCUGUGCUAAAUUGCAGCAGCUUCUGUUUGUGGAGGAACAGGUGGAAUGCCAAGGACACCCCCCACGUAGGCACCGUUCCCACUACUGCUGCUUCUGGAUGUGCCACCCAGCAGGUAGGAGAGAAAUGGUUAAACCAGCCUGACGCUACCUACAGAUCCCUGCCAAGAGGACUCCUCACCUGCAAUUCAGUGACGAAAACUCCAUCUGCAUGGUGAUGUCAGUGGGUUGUGCCAAGGACUUUGCUCUUUUUGUAGGCCGCUGAGAACUGUUUCAAACUGUCAGGUGGCUGUUGCUAACCUCCUGUGACAAGCAGGGCUGGGUGAGCCAGCAGCCCUGCUACCGGAGCUAACCGUGCUUGGUAAGUUACACUUCUGUCCUGCCCCCACACGGCGGAUUGAAAUAUGAGUGAAGCAGUUGCAGGUCAGACUGGUGACUGAAUGUUUUUCCCCUAAAUAUUUUGACAUAAACUGGACUUGGCUUCAAAAUGUUAAUCAUCUAAAACCCAUUCCUGUUAGGGUCAAACAUCAGCAAGUGUUGAGGACUAGUUCACAGAAAAUUAUGCCGAGCACUUGGGAAGGAGAGCACCUGGCGUACUUCACUGAAACUACGGAGUCCGUGGACUUGAAUGGAAGAAGAUGUGAUUGUAGUGAUAUCCAGGAUUCUGUGCAGGUACUUACACGUAAGAAACAAAUGGUUACCAGUAGUGCCUAAAGGUCAAUAAAUCUGCCUGAAACGCUGGAAGUGGCACACUAACCAAGGGUACCCAGGAGUGAAUUUUAUAAAGACUUGCAGAACUUCUUGUUUAGCUCUGCAUCCAGCUGCUUAAGAAUUUAAAAGUCGUUCCUUGCUUUGCAGUGUUUGAGUUUGAAAAGAUUUGUCUUACUACCAUGUUGGUGGUGUUUGUAGCUUUGUUUUAUUGCGUAAAGGAGUUGCUUUUCCACUCCUGUGGGUCUGUUGGUGUGGUACUGCUUUCCACAGUGUUCAAAUACAUAUCCAGACACUUUUUGUAUUUUACAAGUAAUGAGUUGGAGGUGGGAGAGGCAUUUCAUUUGCAGAUACAUUUUAAAGAAAUAAUAAGAAAAUAAAAUUAAUAAGAAUAAUUAGCAAUUGAUUUUUUAAACUGAGUCUAAUAUUAGCUCCCCAGUAACUACAGACUUUAGACCAACUUAUCUUGCAGUCCAAGCCCUGGAGAACCCUUCUAUCCCAGAAAAUAAGUCAUCACAUUUUUUGACAUGAAGAUAACUUGGUAAUAAGGGACCAUCUUUGGUGGGUCACUGGGGCAGUGAGAAGAGUAAUUGGAUACCAGUUUUCCAGAGAAUGCAUAUUUUGAUCAAGUGUCAGACAGACAUACUGGCAGAAUAGAAGGGAGGUUUGGGAUAUAGGAAGGCACUGUUUUCAGUGUCUAAUCUCUGACAAAUGUCCUAUCCUUACUGUCGUCUUCCUUUGUGCUUACAGGCGAGCUGGGGAAGCACAGCCUGCCUCUGUCAGCGUUGUGCUUGGCGGAACAAUGGCUUGGCUUUCCUGGGUAGAUAACUUCAGACAGAAAUAUGGUAUCAUCUCAUUCUAGCAAUACUAAAACAUAGUAAACAUUCUUGUGUUAAAACCAUGCUUUUCAUUUAACCCUCAGGGAUGUAAAUGCACUCCAAGGUACUAUCUUUUAAUCUGCUCUUUAGUUCUUUCUUCUAUAGAUUCUGAAAAGCUAAGUGAUACUCUGGUCAAACUAGUUGCAAACCACUGCAGGUAUUUUUGUACAGUGGAAAAAAAAAAGACUUGCUUCUGGCUAGAAGCAGUCCUUCACCAGGCUAGUCACACACACAAGCUACUGUGGAAAAGUAUCUCUUAAAACAUGCACUUAAAGUUCCUGAAAUCCUGAAGUGUGGUCUUUUGGGGUUUUCUGAUACUGGCUGCUUCACUCCAAGUAUCAGCCUUCAGCUGCUACCUAGUUCUGGUUCAGAGUGUGGUGCUGAUUCAAACUAUAUUGACAUUAGAAGAGCAUUUUUCAGCUUCUUUAAUAACUUCUAAUAAAGACUCAGGCUGUUCGAGAACUUGUCGUGCUUUGAAGUGCGACAGUGACAAACUAACCAUCCGAUCUAUUUCUAAAGGAGUUUUUAAUACAUAGAUUUGUAGCAAGUCUCAAAAAAAAAAUCAAUACACUUUUGCUGCCAACUUUCCUUUUACGGUCUUGGGAGAAAUUUGGAUGUUCCUCAGCCAGCUCUGUAGGCAAUUGAAUGCAGCAUUAUUAAUUCUCAGAGAUGUGUGUAUCAACAAACAUCUUGCUCUCUGAAUGCAGCAAGGCUUCGUUCUACUCUCCAGAGAGGGUCUUCGCCUACUGUAUUUAGACUCUAAUCUGGCUAGUAAUUGAGGGUUUGGAAGCUAAUAUGUAAACAUAGAUUGUGGCCUGCUACAUCACUGUUCAGCAGACUACAUCAUAGUGCUAAUGACGUGGGAUGAGUCUAAGGACUAGAAUUUACAAAUAACUCCUUUUUUUUUUCCUUCUUUGAUGGCAGUGAAUAUACAUACAGUGUUUUCUUAAAACAAAUACUGUAUGGUGUGGUCUGAGGGAUUUUUUUCCAAGAAAGGAAGGAAGUAGCAGCUGAUCAAACACUUGCCAAAUCAGUAGCUUGGCUUAUAUUGAUUUCAGUGAAAACUGACUCAAACUUUAACUGAGCAGUUACUGGAUUGGUUCUAGUGUAAGCAGCAAUGCUCAUAUUCUUAUGUCAUUUGUUACUCAAGGAACAUUGUCAAGAAAGCAUGACUUGUUAUGUACCACAGCUGACUUGAAAGGAAAUUAACUGUUCAACAGCUGCUGGCAGUUUGUUCCUUGACACCAUCCUUGGGAUUGUUUUCUCAGUAUUUUUCAAUCCAAAAUACUGAUUCCAAGGCAAUUUGCUGUUGAAGCAUGUGGCAUAUGUGAGUUUCUUCUUACUUAAUGAAACUUACAUGUACCAUAGUCUGAAUCGUGUAGUCCUUGCAAGCAUUCUGUUCUGCACAGAGGGAGACUUUGCUGGGGCUUCUGUGGUUGUUCUCUGUUUUAGGAGAGAAUGUGGGUUCAGCUGAGCACUGCAAACAAAAUAUUUCAAUAAUUUAACCAAAGGCUUGUGUGUCUAGCACACAACAAGGCGGAACUUGAGCUGUGGAUUAUAUUUACUAGGGUUAUUUUAUUAUAUAGUGACUAGAAGAGGUCUGAAACCCUCAUUGUGAGUAGCUAUUUUCCUUUUAAAGAGAUCAACAGAGAUAUAGAGAAAAUUCUCACCUACUGCCUCCCAUUCUUUGUUUUCUAUAGUCGCUAAAGAAAGAGGAAAAAGGGAAGGGAAGAAUUUUGUUAUGCUUGGGGAAAAAAUAAAAAGGGUAAAAAGCAAACAAAACCCCCACAAAACUUGAAGCCUUAUUUACUUUCCCACAAAGGAACCUCACUUGGCUGCCCUUAGCCAGUACUGAUGUCUGUAUCAUACAUUUUACUUCCACUUGAGAUCUUACUUGUGGUCAUUCAGUCUUCUGCAUCAAAAUACAGCAGUUGCUGGUUGAACGCUGAGGGACAAAGUUGAGGUUUACUGAGAGUUAAGAGUAUGUGUGAGCCUUUAGCACAGACUAGCUCAUUUAUCAGUGGCUUGUGCAUGUCAAUAAUGAUCUGUCUGGGAGGGAAUUUUGUGCUGAAUUCGUGUUUUAGGAAAAGCAUUAGACUGGCUUGAAUCUCUUUCUUGAGAGUCGGAUUCAUUCCUGUGCUUCUUGGGCAGCUUGCACCCCCUUGCUGUGACAGGUUGUCUGGGGAACACAGGACUGCCCCUUACUUGCAGGGGAGUGGUGAAGAUGUUGUUGCUAUCACUGUACUUCCAGCAUGACAGGGAGCAGCCACUGUUGAGACUCAGAGGGAAGUCCCACCUCCAUUAUGCUUUCAAGAUUUAAAAAAGCUUGUGCUUUUUUAGACUAAGUCCAUCCUGGUAAGAUUUUUCCAUCUGAAACUCUUAUGUCCAUUGCUGCUCCUUGGUUAGCACUGUCUGACAGUGAUGAUGAGUGGUAGUGUAUGUGGUGCAACCACCGUGGCUGAAACCAUUAGCUGUCCUCUACAGCAUCCCACCUACAUGAGCUGCAGUGUCAGAAUAUCUUUGACUAGCCUGUCCAAAAAGACAGCAUAGAGUUAAGGCUGCAAAUGCUUUUCACACAGCUCUGGUUCAGCUUUAUUUAUAUUAGGCUGUGACUUUGUGAUUUGCUGAUUAAAAUUUCUAGAUUAGCUGUAACAUCCUGACAAUUCACUUUUUUUGAAUCUCAAUCCCAAUGUCUUUAACAAGCCAUGAGUCUGCGGCUUGUAGUCAGUACUGAAUAAUGUACUGGGAAGUGCUCUAAAGUGCAAGUGAGUUGUUUCUUUGUGGAUUUCCUCCCCAGAAUAUUUUCUGUUGACAUUUACACUCAUAGUCUUGACCCCAGUCACGGUGCUCACUGUCAAAGCAUCUAUGUGCCUUGGGGUAGCUACUUUGAGCAGCUGAGAAGGACAAACACAGUAUUCUUGGCUUCAGUACAGCUUUAAUUAGUGAGAUGAAUUUGAGCCCUGGCUUUAUACCAGGCUGGUCCUCUACAUGCCUUCUCUGUGAUCCUGAAGACAAGGUGUGUCCCAUCUGCAUGACAAAAUGGUGAUUACCGUGAUAUGCAAGCAUAUAGGGUGAAUAAGACUGAAGUCCAUCCAGGUAAGGCAGCGCAGGGGUGUCCCUGUAAGCUUUACCUCAGUUCUGUAUAGCUAUCCAAUUGCAUGUUGUAACUGUACACUCUGUUUGCAAGGCACAACCUUACUAGCUUAGCCUAACAAGCAUAACUUAAAGACAACCAAUUCCCCUUCAGACAGAAACAUUUGCAAGUCGGGUCACUGUACUGUAGUUUGUGACAGAGCAGAGCCAGCUCACAGUGUUACAUUGUCUUCCUUAGACUUUUGUUUGGUUUAUUGGCUUAAGUCUUGAAAUUUUGUUCAACUCUGAGAGUAGUACCUAUUGAAACAUAACUAGAGGUUACUUUUAAGUUAAACUUGAAUGAAAAAAAUAAUAAAUAUGAACUUUUUUGGUAUGUUUUGGACAUCUACCCCUAGAGUCUGUAUUUCUUUCUUACGUAGGUGUUGUUAGUGGUGCAACUGUGACAUUUCAGCUGUCAGCUUUCAUGUCACCAUUCUCAGCAGAGUGAAAUUCACCCUGGUGAACUCCCCGCAAUGCCCAUUGUGCCCUGGCAAAGGGUAGGCAGGUGAUUGCUCUGGCAGACAUGUGUUUAAUACGCAGUAAGUAAUGGGUGCAAAAGGGCUGCAGUUACUCUUCCACCCAGAUAGUUGGAGCAGUUACUCUUGUUACACUAACCAACAUCAGCCCCAUUUUAUUUAAUACCUUAUCCUUAGCUAAAUUAUUUUGGCUUUGGAGAAAGGCAAUUUGAAGGGCGAGAAUUUCAUGUCAUGUGAACACUUCAAUAUGCUACAGGACAGUAAAUGUUGCACUUACAGUAUGUUUAAAUACUGGGAUAUUUUGAGAAUUACUGUAAAAUCAAUUGUGGGAGCCAUUUGUUUUGCUUUGUUGCACAGAUUGUACUUACGUUUUUUGCAUGGUUAUACAUUUUAGUACUUGUGCCUUUCACUUCUAUGUUGUGAGAAUGCAUUUUAUUUUCAUGUUUCAUCUACUGUUUGGGGUACUUUUUAUAUACACUUUUUUCAUUUGAUCUUCAUCUCUGAUUUUCAUGUAAUGUAAAUGCGUGUAUAUAUAAAAUAGAUCAGAUUUGUAUUCAUGUGCCUGAGAUGUAAAAAAUACUCAUUUUGUACAGGUUUUUUUAGAAGCACUAGGUCAUGUUCUAAAUUACUUAGCAAAUGAGGUUUAACAUAAUUAGCAGCUCUUUGUCUUGUUUUAGAAAUGUUGUGUCAGGUGGCUGAUCUCUCUUAUAAGUCAGUGUGACAAGCACUCCCUGGAUUUAUUGUUCUGGUAUCACUAUGAGACCAAUUCUAUCCACUUGUUAGUUUCAGUAAAUUCAAAAUAAUAAAACAUCUAGCUGUAUGUUAAGGUCCUGCCUUGAUGAUUAUGGUUUUUAUUCACAUUAGAGACAACUUGUUUCCUUCUGUACUUGAAAUGGACAUCAGACAAAAACUUCAUUUGAACACGUUGCCCAUUUAAUUUCAGUUCUGGGAUUAUUUUUGUGGGAGUGGGUGAGUGAUUUACUUUGCCUAUUGAAAUCAAAAGGGAAAUAGCAGUGCCAAUUUAUAGACCCUCUUUCUUAGGGUAAAAUGCUUUGGAUUACUACUUCUGUUCCCUUCCAGGCUUCUGUGGCAGCUUUUCCUGGAUCUGCACAGCUGAAAGUGCAAGGUGUUAAGAAUAUGAAGGUAAUAGGGCUGGAAUUUCUAGCACAGGUGGUUAACUAUCUCUAACCUCCACUUGCAGAUGUGAGAAAUUGGGUGUCUUGCUUUUCACAUUUUAGCAGUUGCAGAAUAAACUUCCCUUGGGGCUUGUAGCGCAACACUCUCCUGCAGCAUUUGGGAAGCAAAAUAGAUGCCACGUGAGACUGGGCCACCUGUAACUCUUUGGCAACCAGGGCCCUGGUCCUAGAAGUGUCCUUCCCUCCUGCCAACCUCUUCUUGAGCUGGUGCUUUCAUUUCUUGAGUGUUGACCCCCUCAUCUGGUCAGAUGCUUGAAUUGUUUCCUCUCUCACAUCUUGUAUUUUAUCAAUACCUGAUAAGCCUCACUCACCAGCCUCCAGAGAUGGUGUGAGAUAAUAAAAUGUAUUAAGUUGCAAGAAAAAAAAAAUGAAAAAAAAAAUCCUCUAAAAACUCCAAGACCCAAGGUUUUGAUCUGUAAAACGCAAUGUUCUGUUCUCAUGGAGGAGAAUUUUUCAAACUGAAUUUGGCAUCCACUUAACAGACCACAAAGCUGCCUUAGAAGCAAGGGGGUGGUUUUAUUUUUUUACUUCAAAGGCUGCUCGGUAAGAAAGUGAGCAAAGUCCAUUCACUCCAUUGUUACA